AUGGAGUGGCCGAACUUCCUGGGUCGCGAUGAUGGGGUUGGUCUGGAGGCGGUAGUCCGUGCAUAUCUGCCCCCUUCUCCUCCUCCUCUCCCUCCCCCUCCCCCUCCCCCACCCCCUCCCCCGCCGCCGGCGACCUCUGGGUGGACCUACGCGGAGAACAAAAUGUUCGAGGAUGCAGUGUCCAGGUUCAACAUCUCUGCCCCUGAUUUUUUUGAUAAUUUGGCAGCUAGGGUUCCGUGGAAGAGUAUGGAGGAGGUGAAGGAGCACUUCCAGGCCCUGGUGGAGGACGUCGAGCUUAUUCAGACCGGGCAGAUUCCGGUGCCCCGCUACAAGGACGACGUCGAAAGUGAGGAGGAUGAUGAUGAAAGUGAGGAGGAUGAGGAUGAUGAUGAUGAUGAUGAUGAUGAUGAUGAUGAUGAUGAUGAGGAGAAUGGAGAGCAGCAGCCGCCGCCGCCGCCGCAGCCGAGGCGGAGGGGAAUUCCCUGGACUGAGGAGGAGCAUCAGCUGUUUCUGAUGGGGCUGAACAAGUACGGCAAGGGCGACUGGCGCAGCAUCUCCAGGUACUACGUCAUCUCCAAGACCCCGACGCAGGUGGCGAGCCACGCCCAGAAGUAUUUCCGCCGCCAGUCCACCACUACUCCGCGCGAUCGACGCCGCCACAGCAUUCACGACAUCAACACUGUGAACCCGCCCAUGGCCAUGCCGAUUCAGAUCCCGUUGAAUAUGCAAUCCGCCGCUGCUCUUGGCCUCAACACGCCCGUGUGGACGUCUCCUGAAGGGCUGUUGGCCGGCAACAAUCUGGGGCUCAACGCCGCCAAUCCCGCCCCCGCCCCCGCCCCGCCGGUAUGCCCUACUGCAUUCCAAUCUGCUCCAGCCCCCGAACUGCGCAUUAAUCCCGCCUUCCAUGGCCAGAACCCUAUGUUUCACCCCAUGCCCAUGCCCAUGCCCAUGCCCGUACCCGUUUGCCAGCUGCCCUCUACCCCCGUGUUUUCGACUGCCGGAAACCCUUCUUUAUCUGCUGCUGCUAUUGCUUCUGCUUCCUACCAGUUUCCAACUUUCGGAAACUUCCAGCAGCAGCCAUGGGGUUGA